AUGGACGCUGCAGGCAGCAACACCACUACCAACAACAGCAACGACAAUCUCAUCACUCGACAAAAUGAAGAAUUACGGAGGAGCAUAGACAAAGCUCUACCUUCGGUUCCAUCGUCUGACGAAGAUUUAAGCAACACUAAUAAACCCGCCGCCGUAGAAGAUGACGAUUCCGAUGACGACAAGCCUUUACGGCCAGCAGUAUCAGGAACAUCAACAGCAGACGGGCCAUCAACAACUUUAAAAGAACUCGAAUGGCUGUUCGAAGAAGAAGAUCCAGCGGACAAGGACAACGCGUCGUUGGAGGAUGAUUUUUUAGACGAUGAUUUCGAUCAGAUUACAUUUGACGAAGUGGAUGAUCGUAUAUCCGCGUUUCAGGAGGAUGCAUUUGUUCGAGAAGCUUUGGAAAAAGGCAUGGAUUUACGCGAAUAUGCAUUACAAAUCGAGGAGGAACGAGAGUCUGUACAAAGGGAUCUUGAAAAUGACUAUGUUCAGCAGAUCCGGUCGUUUGUGGAGUUACACUCCGAAGUUCAGAGCUGUGACGAAGUGCUUGGAAGGAUGGAGGAGCUUUUGAGCGUAUUUCAGAGUGAUUUGGGCAAUAUCAGCGGAGAAAUUAAGAGUCUGCAGGAACGGUCUUCUCGCAUGAGCGUCAAAUUACGGAACCGCAAGGGUGUUGAAACAAAAUUGAGCAAGGCAUUGCAGGGCAUGGUGAUUCCUCCUUACAGUAUCAAAAAGAUUACCGAAGGCGAAGUGGAUGAAGUAUGGCUACAAUACUUGCUUGCGAUCAAUCAGCAAAUGCGAUUUGUCAAAGCAAACCAGAACAAACCGAUCAAGGCGCUCCGUAACGUUGGACCCGAAUUAGAAAAGUUACGACUCAAGGCAGCAUCCACUAUUCGCGAUUUCUUUAUUGAGCGGAUCAAUGCAUUACUUGUGCCCAACACAAACGUACAAAUUAUGCAGCAAUCCGUGUUUCUGAAGUACAAGGAGCUUCACCAGUUUGUAAUUGAACGACAUCACGAUGCAGCGACAGAAAUACGGCAAACUUAUGUGAAUGCGCUCAAAUGGUAUUUUAAUAACCAUUUUGAGCGAUACAGCAAAGGAUUAACCAAACUUCAGGCAAGGACUGACAAAUCUGAUUUGAUUGGCGUUGAGGAACAUGGAAGAAAAGGUCUCUUUAGUAGUACUAAGGUGGCGCUAAAAGACAAAACCAAUGUGUUUGCUCUCGGUGAUCGUAUUGAUGCUUUAAAGAUGACAGAUCAAGGUGUCAUCCUUGUGCAUGUUGCAGAGGAUAAAGAUCAGAAAUUCCAAUUUGAACAGCUGUUCAGAAGCUUCAAUCUGACUCUUAUUGACAAUGCCAGCUCAGAAUAUCUGUUCAUUUACGAGUUCUUCUCGUCCAGAGAUACCAAAAAGUCUGCUGAUACAGCGAAAUCUGUAUUCCAACAAAUAUUUGAUCCUACUGAAAAAGUCGGAUUGACAUUUACCAAAGGUUAUAUCGAAAAUUCAUAUGAUGCAGUGGGUAUACUUCUAUGUAUUCGUAUCAAUACCCAGCUGGCAUUAGAAUUGCAACGAAGACGCGUACCUGCAUUGGAAGGAUAUACCAAUUCAACAAAUAUGACGCUAUGGCCACGAUUUCAACAUGUUAUGACCCUGCAUGUGGAGAGUUUGAAACGGAUGGCAGCUACCAAAUCCGUCAUUAGUGCUGUCAAAGACAUUCAUCCACAUUAUAUCACUCGACGAUAUGCCGAAUUUGCGGCUUCAUUACUAGUAUUGAAUGAAGGAUAUGACGAUGCCAUAUUGAUCAAUAGUGUCCAAAAAAUGCGAAACGAGUUUGAAGGGUUAUUGGCAAGAAUGUCCAACGAGUUUUCAGAACCUACACGACGGAUAGCAUUUUUGAUAAACAAUUAUGAUGUGAUCGUCUCCGUCUUCCAGGAAGCGCAUAAUCGAGCACUAGAAAGCGAGCUAGAGCACGUUCGACAGUUACUAUCCAUUCACACUGGGGCGUUCGUGGAUGAACAAUUAAAGCCAUUCUUUGGCAGUAUGGUUGAUUGUGUAAAACGGUCAGAGCAAUCCAAGAACAUGGCUCAACCAGAAAAAGGUGAAAUGCAACGGAUAUCACACGAAUUCGCACAAACUUGGCGACAGAGUCUGACGUCAAUCAAUUCAUCCGUGAUCCAAUACUUUUCCAAUUUCAAAAACGGAACGAUGGUGCUACACGCAGUGUUGGGCCAGCUUAUUGUGUACUAUACCAAAUUCUUAGAUAUUCUAGAACAGCGUGGCAUUAGUGGUGUUCAGCCUGUGGGGGUUCAAACCGUCAUGGUGGAAAUAAAAAAGUUCAGAAGCACUUUUUAA